UCUAGGUGACCGUGUCUCUCUUCUCCUCCCCAGGUGACCAGGCAUUGAUGCACCCCCAGGGAGGCCGAGCGCUCAAGGAGGCCACCCCCGCUGGCUGCUGCGCACAUGGUUUCUGGGCCCCUGGCACUCCGGUGGUGCGCGUGGGGAGGGCGCGGGGACAUGGGGCCCGACAUGGAGCUGCCCAGCCAUUCAAAGCAGCUCCUGCUGCAGCUGAACCAGCAGAGGACCAAGGGCUUCCUGUGUGACGUCAUCAUCAUGGUGGAAAACUCCAUCUUCCGGGCCCACAAGAAUGUCCUGGCCGCCAGCAGCAUCUACUUCAAGUCGCUCGUGCUGCAUGACAACCUCAUCAACCUGGACACAGACAUGGUCAGCUCCACAGUCUUCCAGCAGAUCCUGGACUUCAUCUACACAGGCAAGCUGCUGCCCAGCGACCAGCCAGCCGAGCCCAACUUUAGCACCCUCCUCACUGCCGCCAGCUACCUCCAGCUGCCUGAGUUGGCAGCUCUCUGCCGCCGAAGGCUAAAGCGGGCAGGCAAGCCCUUUGGCUCAGCACGGGUCGGGGCCGCUGGCAUGGGGCGACCCCCCCGCAGCCAGCGCCUGUCCACCACCUCUGUCAUCCAGGCCCGUUACCCAGGGCUUGGAGACAGGCGCAAGGGGGCCCACCCCUCCCAGGAGCUCCCCCAGGCAAAAGGCUCAGACGACGAGCUCUUCCUUGGCAGCUCCAACCAGGAGGGUGCGCACACCCUGGGCCGGGCACUGUGUCCAGCUGGCGGGGAGGCUGGCCUGGGCGGCUGCAGCAGCAGCACCAAUGAGAGCAGCGGGGGCUGUGAGCAGGAGCUGGGCCUGGACUUGUCCAAGAAGAGCCCUCCUCUUCCCCCCGCUACACCGGGCCCCCACCUCACGCCUGAUGACCCUGCCCAGCUGAGUGACAGUCAGCACAGCUCGCCCCCUGGAGCCCCCGCCCCCGCCAUCGCCAACAGUGCCUCUUAUGCCGAGCUAGGGGGCGCCCCCGAGGAGCCCAUGGAUCUGGAGGGGGCUGAGGACAACCCCCUGAGCCAGCUGGAGGGCCCCGGUGGGCAGCCCCGCAAGAGCCUGCGGCACUCGUCCCGAAAGAAGGAAUGGAGCAAGAAGGAGCCCUGUGCCCUAUCCGAACGGAAGGAGACAGGGCCCAAGGGUGCCUGCCUGGGGGAGGAGGGCGAGGGUCUCGGGGGCAGAGUUCCCAAUGGCGUCCUGGCUAGUGGGGGUGGCCCGAGUGGGCCUUACGGGGAGCCCCCGUACCCCUGCAAGGAGGAGGAGGAAAAUGGCAAGGACGGGAGUGAGGACAGUGGGCAGAGCGGCAGUGAGGGGGGCAGUGGCCCCGCCGGUGCUCACUACCUGUACCGGCCUGAGGGCUAUGAGACAGUGUCGUACGGGGACAACCUGUAUGUGUGCAUCCCCUGUGCCAAGGGCUUCCCCAGCUCUGAGCAGCUCAACGCCCACGUGGAGACGCACACGGAGGAGGAGCUGUUCAUUAAGGAGGAGGGUGCCUAUGAGACAGGCAGCGGAGGCGCUGAGGAGGAGGCUGAGGACCUGUCGGCACCCAGUGCGGCCUACGCGGCCGAACCCCGGCCGUUCAAGUGCUCUGUGUGUGAGAAGACCUACAAGGACCCGGCCACGCUGCGGCAGCACGAGAAGACGCACUGGCUGACGCGGCCCUUCCCCUGUAACAUCUGUGGCAAGAUGUUCACACAGCGUGGCACCAUGACCCGCCACAUGCGCAGCCACCUGGGCCUGAAGCCCUUCGCCUGCGACGAGUGCGGCAUGCGCUUCACCCGGCAGUACCGCCUCACUGAGCACAUGCGCGUGCACUCGGGUGAAAAGCCCUAUGAGUGCCAGCUCUGCGGAGGCAAGUUCACCCAGCAGCGCAACCUCAUCAGCCACCUGCGCAUGCAUACCUCCCCCUCCUAGAAGCCAAAGACCGUCUGCCCCUGCCU